AUGUAGCAUGGAUGUGAAUCACGAAGAUUUGUACUGUUGGAAAGCAGAACAUGUAAAUUGCAGCAUGACGUCUCUAACAAGUUAUGAAGUAGUAGUUUUAUUAUCCGGUGUGCGGUGGAACCUGAUAAAGUCUGGCAUUGACACUCAGAUGGAUUCUAAGGCAUUGCCAAGCUCCAGUUUAAAGACUGCAAAGUCUCCUCAUAAUUCUACAGGGCCAGGAUCUGGUGGGUCUGACACUGAUGGUGUGACUUUGAGAGAAUGGUUGAAAUCUAGGCACUGCAAAGGGAGCAAAACAGAUCAUUUAAGUAUAUUUAGAAAAAUUGUGGAUUUGGUUGAUGGUUCUCACUCUGAGGGAGUUGCAAUGCACAAUCUGUACCCUUCUCAUAUUAAAUUGUUACCAUCAAACCAGGUUAUGUACCUUGGGUUGCCUACUCAGAAAAAGAUAUUAGAUAGUAUUGCAAAUUCUGAAGUUCUUCAGCUAGAGAAUUCUUUUAUUAGGAAAAGGCUGUCAGAGAAGGUAAUAUCUGCCUCUCUUAAUUUGCGGUCGAAGAAACAGAAAUUCAAUGAAAAUGCUAGAGUUGCUGGUGAUUGGAGUCAAUGCCCUCCAAGGACUGACUUGAAUCUUCAAAUUGCCAAUGAUAUUAAAGUCAAUGCGGUGGGAUCACAAGAUUAUUGCAAUGAAUACAAGGAAGAUAUCCAAUUUUCUAAACAUAAUAUGCAGAGCAUGUCUCGCAUCCCUCACAUAUUUAAUGCAGGUCAAUUGCAAUUGAAUUCUUUAAAUGAAAGAUUGGAAGAUAAAUGGUAUGCAAGUCCUGAGGGUGGUUGCACAACAUCAUCAAAUAUCUACUGUCUGGGAGUCCUUCUUUUUGAGUUACUUAAUGAUUUUGACUCAGAAAGAGCACAUAUUGCUGCAAUGUCUGAUCUUGGUCGUAGGAUUCUUCCUUCAGUUUUCCUUUCAGAGUAUCCUAUGGAGGCAGGAUUUUGCCUUUGGAUGAUGCAUCCUGAACCAUCAUCACGUCCAACAAUAAGGGAGAUCCUACAAUCUGAAGUGAUUAAUGGAAUGCGGGAGGUGUACUUUGAGGAAUUAUCAUUAAGUCUUAAUCAAGAUGAUGCAGAAUCAGAAUUGCUAUUGCAUUUCCUCAUCUCACUAGAAGAGCAGAAGCACAUGGAUUCCAACAAAUUGGCAGAAGAAAUAAGAUGCUUGGAAUCAGAUGUAAAAGAGGUUGAGAGGAGACAUGACUUGAGAAAAUCCUUGCUUCCCUCAAGCUUGCAGAACGACUCCUCUCUUCAAAUAGAGAAUGUGUCUCUUCUUAAAGAAUCUUCAAGUUCAGAAACAUUACCACCAGUAUCCACAAUUUCUAAUGCAAAUGAACUGAGAUUGAUGAAAAAUAUGUGCCUACUUGAAAGUGCUUACUUUUCCAUGAGAUCAAAAAUUAAGCUUCCUGAAACAGAUACUGCAACUCACCCAGAUAAAGAUAUACUGAGAAAUCAUGACAAUUGGUGUGUAGCUCAAAAAGACAUGGAACAACAUAAGACGACAGAUACUUUAGGAGCUUUCUUUGAUGGUUUGUGCAAGUCCACACGUUAUAGCAAGUUUGAAGUGCGGGGCAUAGUAAGAAAUACUGAUUUUAACAAUCCUGCAAAUGUAAUCUGCUCUCUGAGUUUUGAUAGGGAUGAAGACUACUUUGCUGCUGCUGGGAUAUCAAAGAAAAUUAAAAUUUUUGAGUUCAAUGCACUUUUCAAUGACUCCAUUGACAUCCAUUAUCCUGUAGUUGAGAUGUCAAACAGAUCAAGGCUCAGUUGUGUUUGCUGGAAUAACUACAUCCAGAACUAUCUUGCCUCGACAGACUAUGAUGGUGCAGUGAAGCUAUGGGAUGCUAACACAGGCCAGGGGUUUUCUGGAUUCACCGAACAUGAAAAGAGGGCUUGGUCUGUUGAUUUCUCUUUGGUAUGCCCUACUAAAUUUGUUAGUGGGAGUGAUGAUUGUUCUGUGAAACUGUGGAGUAUCAAUGAGAAAAAGAGUUUAGCCACAAUCAGGAAUGUUGCUAAUGUCUGCUGUGUUCAGUUCUCUACUCAUUCCUCUCAUUUGCUGGCCUUUGGAUCUGCUGAUUACUCAGCAUAUUGCUAUGAUCUUCGCAAUCUUAGAAGCCCUUGGUGUGUGUUGGCUGGCCAUCGUAAAGCUGUAAGCUACGUCAAAUUCUUGGACUCUGAGACACUUGUUUCUGCAUCAACCGAUAAUAUGUUGAAGAUCUGGGAUCUCAAUAAAACCUCUCCUGUGGGUCUAUCAACUAGUGCUUGCAGCUUAACCUUGUCAGGACAUACUAAUGAGAAGAAUUUUGUGGGUUUAUCAGUUGCUGAUGGAUAUAUAGCAUGUGGUUCAGAAACAAAUGAGGUUUUUGCCUACUAUAAAUCACUUCCAAUGCCAGUCACUUCGCACAGGUUUGGGUCCAUUGAUCCUAUUUCUGGUAAAGAGACAGAUGUUGACAAUGGUCUGUUUGUUUCAAGUGUGUGCUGGAGAGAGAAAUCAGACAUGGUUAUUGCUGCCAAUUCAAGUGGAUGUAUAAAAGUUCUACAGAUGGUUUGAGAGAAAGCUUGCCCUUGAUAAUGGCACCGUUAUAGUUUAGGGUUUAGGGUUCCACAGUUAUAGUGUUUUACCCGUGUCACUCAAGUCAAUCCCAUCAAUUUUCUCCAUGUGUAUCUAAAAUUCUGUUAACAUCAUAAUUUGAUGUAGGAGGGAUUGGUUUCAGGCAUAGUUAGGAGUAGAAACAGUCACAAUCUUAAUCCAGAUCUUCUAAUUUGAAGGUUUGAUUAAACAUAACGAAAGCUUGGACUUUAAACCUGAAUUUCAAUAGAAAAGGCUUGUUAUACAUAAAGUCUCGAGGAUCAAUUUGAAGACUGGAAGCAGAUUCGGCAUGUAAAAGAUUAACACUUAAGAAUGGACAUGGCAGGAAUUUCUACAAACUUUUAGUUUCAAGAUUAUAGUCAAUAUCUCUGAAUUUAGUGUAAAGUGUAUGUUGGAGCUAGCAAUUGUGCACUUGUAAUGAGAUGUUUGUCUCUUAAAGCAUAAAGCAGCUUCAGUAACGCUAACGCCUUCAAAGGAAAGCAUUUUCAAUUUUUCCCCUAUAGUUGCGUGCGUAUGUGUAUAUGACAUUAGCAUUACGGUCUGACCAUGUUAUUAUUUAAUGGCAUCUGGUUGCUGUAAUUUUGCACAAGGAUUCUGUAAAGUUUUGAGGCUAAUGCCUCAAAUUCAUAAUGAGCUAGAUAUUUAUCCGAGUA